AUGAUCCCUUCAGGAAUAAUGAAGCCUCCCAGAGGAAAGCUUUCUCUUCCCAUCAUUAACAUUACUAACUGUGUUCUUGUUUUUGUGGCUAUCUUGUAUGCGGAGAGACUCAGUUUCCCCUGUUCCAAGUCCAUUUUCAAGUCAAACCAUGUCCUACACAAAUCACCAAACCAAAGUCUAGUGAGUCGGCUUCUCAUAUGCUGCAACUAUAUACCUCACCUCGUAUUGCCUUCUUAUGUUUUUAUUUAUCAUUUUGAUUCUAAUGCAAUCAUAUCUCAUCAUAUUAUGAUUGUCCUAGCAGGUGAUAAAAAAGCAGAUGAAGAGGUUGUGCUCAUGAAUGCAUCAUCAUGGAUUGAUGACAAGUUUGAUUUUGACCCUGAGGAGUGCAAUGUUGCCAACGGGAAAUGGGUGUUUAACAAUUCAAUAACGCCCUCUACACUGACAUAA